CAGAGGGAAGCAUCCAAAUGAUAGCAUGGUUGAGACUUGAGAGGGAUAGCGACCUGGCAGAAGCUUGAAAGGUUCGCUAGGAGGAGGACGAAAGCCCAAAAUCCCAAAUUCAAUUACUGAAACACAGUAACCCACCCCAACAUUGAAAACAAGCCACUGUCUUGUCUCGUCUUUCUUUUUCAUGUUACAAAAUUGUUGGGCAAAAAAGCUUUCAUCGGACCCAGCUCUGGUUUUUCCAACUCCCAAACGCAUUAACCGCCUACAACAACUGGAAAUCAUUUUAUACGAUCGUACGCUCUCCUUCUUUACCUUGAUAACCGACAUCCUACUCUCUCUCUCUCUGUCUCUCUCUCUCAGGAAUUUCUUUCUGGGGCUUUUUGUCAUACUUGUAGGAAUUUCUUUCUGAUUUUGAAGCAAUACCAAAAUAUUGCUGAAAAUGGCGGGCACCCAAUUCAGUAGUGAAGCACUUUCUAAUAGAUUAAGUAGUGGAGUUGGUAAAUACAACCUCAGAAAGGAGAAGUUCAGGCUGUUUUCUUCAUUACGAAGAGAUGAAGCUCGUCAAUUUGUAGCAUUUACUGAUAAGAAGGACUUAAACCACGCAGCUGUUGUGGGGGGCUGCAGUUUCAGGCACAGAAAUUUCACCACGCCGUUGGUGACCAAUCGGAGAAAAAUCCGGUUUCCGGUGGUUGGUGAUCAGUUAGGUUCCUCUGAGGUUGAGGAACGAAUCGCUUUACAGGAGGAGCAUGUGCCUGACAGUGCAGGGAACGGAGCUCCUGGGUUGACAGAAGUUCCUUUCAGUAAGUCACAUUCUCCAAAUGUAAAAGCAGAGCUUUUAAAGCUUUCUAUACCUGCAAUUGCAGGGCAGGCUCUUGAUCCCUUAGCACAGCUCAUGGAGACUGCUUAUAUUGGUAGAUUGGGCUCUUUGGAGUUGGGUUCAGCUGGUGUUUCGGUAAACAUUUUUAACUAUAUUUCAAAGCUAUUUAACAUUCCUCUUCUCAGUGUGGCUACUUCAUUUGUUGCUGAAGAUAUUUCAAAGAAUGAAAUUAAGGCUUCUGCAUCAGAAAAUGGACUUCCAGAAGAGAGUACCAAUGGGAAACCUUUUGAUGGAGUAUCUGAGAGACAGCAACUACCUUCGGUGUCUACUGCUUUAGUGUUAGCUCUUGCAAUUGGCAUUUUUGAGGCCUUAGCCUUGUCUUUGGGAUCUGGAUUGUUUCUAAACAUGAUGGGCAUAUCAUCAGAUUCACCCAUGCGUAUUCCAGCUCAGCGAUUUCUUUCACUUAGAGCAUUUGGUGCUCCUGCAGUUGUAGCGUCUUUGGCACUCCAAGGAGUUUUUCGUGGGUUUAAGGAUACAAAAACUCCUGUUUUAUGUCUAGGAAUUGGUAAUCUCUUAGCUGUGGUUUUGUUUCCCGUACUUAUGUAUUCUUUCCGAUUGGGUGUUACUGGUGCAGCCAUUUCCACUGUUGUUUCUCAAUACAUUGUCACCUUUCUAAUGCUGUGGUUUCUAAACAAGAGAGCAAUACUAAUGCCCCCAAAAUUGGGUUCAUUGCAAUUUGGUGGAUACAUAAAAUCUGGUGGUUUUCUUCUUGGAAGAACUCUAGCUGUUCUUACGACAUUAACAUUAGGGACAUCAAUGGCCGCUCGACAAGGUCCAGUUGCUAUGGCUGGUCAUCAGGUAUGCAUACAAGUAUGGUUGGCUGUAUCCCUUCUAACAGAUGCUAUGGCUGCGGCUUGUCAGGCCCUGAUUGCAAGUUAUUUGUCAAAAGGUCAAUACGAAACUGUUAAAGAAAUUACUGAUUUUUCAUUAAAGAUAGGAUUGUUUACAGGUGUUUCCUUGGCUGCAAUUCUGGGUGUGUCUUUUGGUUCACUAGCUACCUUGUUCACAACAGAUGCUGCAGUACUAGGAAUUGUUAGAAGUGGAAUAUUGUUUGUCAGUGCAAGCCAACCUCUUAAUGCUUUAGCUUAUAUCUAUGAUGGUCUCCACUAUGGUGUUUCGGAUUUUGCAUAUGCUGCUCGUGCAAUGAUGAUCGUGGGGGCAAUAUCUUCCGCAAUUUUGCUAUUUGCUCCUAAAGCUAUGGGUCUUACUGGGGUUUGGUUGGGCUUGACCAUCUUUAUGGGCUUGCGUAUGGUGGCGGGAUAUUUAAGAUUGCGAUCAAGAACGGGGCCAUGGUGGUUCUUACACACAGACUUACAGAGAGCAGAGGAUGCAUUUUCAUUAACCAGAUGAGGAGUUUGCUGGAGCUAGUGAAAGUCUAUAUAGUAGGUCAUUUAAUUUAGGGAUGCCUCUGAAUGGUGCUAGCGGAGUCAAAUUCGUUUGAUUCUUAUGCAGUUAAACCCCAGAUGGCAAGCAACAUUGUCUAGUCUUUUCGAAAUUCAGAUAUAUGUGAGAAAUAUUUCUUGUAGCUCCCAGAAGUACACUUGUUAACAAGUAACUUAGGUGAAGUAUCAUAAACAGUCAGCUUUGGAAGGGAGGUGAUUUAAAAUGUGCAUAACAAUUCGAUGUUGACUUUCAUGAAUAAUGGGUGCAAAAUUAUAUUCUGGAUUCUAUUGGCAUUAUA